AUCUUUACCUGCGCCAGUCAUGGUUGCAUGCGGCGGCACUUCACAUUAUGCUCAGCGCAUUGUCACCUCCUUUCACCCAACUCAUUUCCUUCGAUCUCAGGCCAACCUGAACCUUCAUCGAGCAGGCAUUCCAUGGACAGAGCGUCCACUUGGUUUCCUUCAUCACACUGCCCCGCCGCCGUUACGAUGUGCAUCUCCCAGUCACCUUUGCAGAAGAGAAGGCUUGUACACCUGAGCAAGGGGAUCCGUCCUCUUAUCCAAGCUGACUGGUCAUGCCGUCCACACGACCUUGUGCGGCCUUCGAGCCCAUCUCGCCGGAUUUCGAUCUGAAAGCCCUCGUCGAGUCCCAGCCCAAUUUUGAGUGGGUAGUACGCAUCCACUGCGACAUGAUAGAUCACCAAGGCCUGGAAAACUUUGAAAAGCUGGUUCUGAUUCACGUCAUCCUGGGUGGCAAGCCUCUUGUCAUCGAGGGCUACGAAGCGCGACUUGACAGAUGGACAUUUGCACCACAGUGGCUCCGUGACAACUGCGGUUCAAAAGUCGAAAAUGCGAGAGAUCUCACCAAGAAAACCGACGUACCGCUAUCGAUCGGUCACUACUUAAACCACAUGGCACUGUUGACGAACCAGUGGACCCCGCGGAACUACAAGGACCCCGGGCGUCAGCGGAUGUAUCUCAAAGAUAUUGACUGCCCGCCUUUGUGGCAAGACAAAUUGUCGGAUAUCAUUCCUGCAGCCCUGUUCUAUCUCAACGAAUCGACAGGUGACGUUGGUGGGUUUGGAUCAGUGGACGAAAACGACCUAAUCAGGCCCGGUAUGAGGAAAGGAAAGGGGAUCGCCAGAGCUGGAGACUUGAUGAGCAGCCUUCCGAAAGAAAUGCGCGCGGAAAAUCUCAUGUGCUAUAUCGGCCAUGAAGGCACUUAUACCCCCGCCCAUCGAGAAAUGUGCGCGAGCCUGGGUCAGAAUAUCAUGGUCGAAGCUUCUACCGGCCUAGCUGAGGAUGGGAAACUCACACAGCCGGGAUCCUCGAUCUGGUUCAUGACCGAGACCAAAGAACGAGAGGUAGUCGCUGAGUACUGGCUUUCCCGCCUUGGUCACGACAUUGAGAUCGAAAAGCAUUUCGCCCAAGUCAACGCAUGGAAGAACGCACCAUUCAAAACGUACGUUGUCGAGCAGAAGCCCGGUGACUUCAUCCUUAUUCCUCCACUAGCUCCGCAUCAGGUGUGGAACCGUGGAACCAGAACGAUGAAAGUCGCUUGGAACAGAACAACCAUUGAGACUCUUGAAAUGGCAAUGCAUGAAGCUCUGCCGCGAGCAAGGAUGGUGUGCCGCGAUGAACAGUACAAGAACAAGGCAAUCAUUUACUACACCAUGCAGAAAUACUCGAAACUCCUGCGGCUGGCAGAGAAGUUCAGGCAGAAAUCUUCGGGUCUGAAACACAAAAUGCCCCGUGACUCGAAAGUCCGGCAACUAGAAAAGGACUUCCGGAGACUGCAGCUUCUGUUCACCGGGAUAUUAGUGUCGGAGAGCUUCCUGCCUGACCGCAUCGAGAAGAAGGUCGAGUAUAUCCCUUAUGACAGCAACAUUACUUGUUCAUAUUGCCGCUGCAAUAUUUUCAACCGAUUUCUCACCUGUCCCAAUUGUGUAGGACAGUUGGCGAACGGCGACGAAGACACCUAUGACAUCUGCAUGGAGUGUUAUGCAAUGGGCAGAAGCUGUGCAUGCAUAUCAAAAUUGAGGUGGGUUGAGCAGUGGCCCUGGGGAGAACUUACACAGAAGCACGAACAGUGGCGACAACAGAUUCUGCAAUAUGAAGGCAGAGUGACUGAGAAAUCACCCAUGCCUCUUAAAAUUGAACUGGACAGGCUCGGGAACAAAAGGACCCUGGCCCAGAUCUGCCAACUUGAGUUAGCAAAGAGGCCGUUUUGCGAUAUCCGCCGUCCGCCGUCUCCUGUAACAGGCGACGACCGCGAAGUGGUGGAGGAGGUGGACGCAAAUGGGAAUGUCAAGAAAAAGAAAAAGAUCAGGCGAACUGAUAAGUUUCUAAGAGAGCAUGCUCGAUGCCAUGUUGACUUCCACUGGGAACCCAAAUGGAAGCAGGCCACAUGCACGAAAUGUGACAAACAUUAUUGCUACGGCACUCUUUUUCGAAGAUUCGAUAUGAUGCCGCAGGAUAUCCUUGCUGAGCCGGACUGGUUGUGUCCGAGCUGUCGAAACAUCUGUGGCUGCCGUCAGUGUAAGUCCAGGCCCGGUUACAAAGCCUACCACCCAUCUGGCACAAUCCUUGGGCAUAACACCAAGGCAAUAGCAGAUCCUCGAUCGGUUGAAAGCCUCGUGGAUUUUAGUUACUCCAACAUUGCCUGGAUUCAAAAGGCAGGUGAUGAUUAUGGGGACCAGUCCCGUCGUCUGGAAAAGCGUCGGAAAGAGGCAGAGGCUGCCAAAGCUACGACGCCGGAGCUAGGUGAACACUACGUUGACGGUGAUCAAGAGAUUCAUGAUGGAGUGGAAGAUGGUCUCAUUCGGUUGGCGCAACAAGAAGGCAUUCCAAUCGACCCGAUGCUGACAACUGAUGGGCCACCCGAGUCCCUCGCAGAGGACGAAGACGAUUAUGACGAAAACCCAGAAGGAGUAGAGUCGACUCUCAUUGACGAUCUUACUUCUGAAUACGCUAUUCCUGAGGGUGGCGUCAUCAGAGACGUUGAGCAUGCUUACGAUCCAACUGAGGCCAUCACCUACGAUUAUCCGGAUCCAGAGAUCGUGCGUCAUGUUCCCGUCCUUGUUGACGAGGAACAAGUGGCCGUGCCUUCAGGGUACGCACCUGGUGGCAGGGAUGAUAGGGCAGAGAUUGAGAUGAUCGAGCGUAAGCGCAAGCGUGCAAGGCUCGAUGACGGCGACCGUCCUUAUCAUUCCAAGAAAGCUAACGUCGAGAAGAACAAAGUACGGAAGUCGCUCAUUGUGAAGUUGCCACUUCCGGCACAGAAACUUGAGGAAAUGCAAAAGAUGGCAGAUAUGGCGCGGCAGGCCUUGAAUGGGGCGGAAGCUCCUGCACCGGUCAUCAGCUCUGAUCUGCAUGCGCUCAACGCUGCCGAAGGAAAUCCUCAAACCGUGCAAAAGAAGAUUCGACGAGGUGUUGAAAAUGUUGUUGUUGAACAGGAUGACGACUUCAUGCCCGGUCGGUAUCGUGACCGCAGGAAACACGCCGCGGAUGGAGCUCCGCGACCACCUCCUGACGCGGAAAUUACCAGGCGGCAGACCCGGAUGCACAAUACCCAUUAUGAAGAACCCUCAGAGGACGAGUUUAAUGAGGUUGUUUCUGAACCUUCUUCUGAGCGCCGCAAGUCCAUGAAUAAGCCGACAAUGAAGGUGGUUAGGUUGGACGACGCCGGCCCGGUUUUCGAUUCUUCCGUAUCCUCGGAUACCGAAUCAGCAGGGAAUGAGAGCUCUGCCUCAAGCCCUCCGGUUGAAGUUGGACCGAGCGCUUCCACGCCAGCACCACGAAUGGCCACGAAAGCUCCCAAACUGACUGUGGUGCAGAGCGUCCAUAAUAUAACGACGACGAGCUCCCCAGCUGACCGGAAUGGAAGGCCGGUCUCAGUGGCCUCGUUAUCGCCUCUUCCUCAGAAAGCGACACUUGCCAAAUCGACCUCAGCCAUCUCCCUCUCAAGCCAGUCAAAGGCAGCAGUGGAAGCACAAGCGAAUAGACGAGCAAAAAUGGCUGCGAUCGAGUGGAUGGAGAAUGAAAGCGAAGACCUGGACGACGUUUGGUCUCAGGAAUCGUUCUUGGACAAGCGUACCCCGGGCAACAAAGCCGCUACUCCAGCUCAGACAGAGGUCGCGCCUGCCCGACAAAAAGACGUUGUUGCACCUCCCAAGGCGGUCACGAAUAGUAAGAGACAGUCGAGAGGUUCUCUCGCCCCACCGACCGUACCGAAGCGAGCCGUUGUGUCGACCGCGAAAGCCUUGGCUUCGGAGUGGGCUGAUAGUGAUGAUUCGGACGACGGGACACAGACUCGAAAGCCCGGCCAAGCUUGGGUCGCCGUUAAUAACGGAGCUGCGAGCGCGAGUCGAGUGAUGCCAGCGAAGUCUCUUAAUGCUGCUAAUGGUCCAAAAAAAAGGGGCAGGCUACCAAAACAUCCCUGGUAGAACACGAUCGCAGCAUGCAGAAAAUGGGGAUGAUGUCCAGAAGAAGCCCGGGGAGUAUUUUAUGGUUGGUACAGAGUGCGCACGGUAUGCUUGUGGAUGGUCACGGAUUUAUGAGUGUUUGGGAGCUUGCAGAGGCCAGGAGCUCGAGGACUUGGAACAAGUUGGAGAAUUGACGCAUAUUGGGACCUUGGGCUUGGGGUGCAAACAGCGAAUUGGCGCUGGUGUGUUGAGGUUGACGUGAGCGGGCUGUACAUAGGGACAUGACCAAAGCGUGCUCAGAUGGUGUUGCUGCAUGACAAUACGAUAGCAGAGAGCCAUCUUCCCCAGGAGACUCCAGUGCCCCUUUUUCCCUUUGACAAGGCUGCAAACUCCGGAGCUUUCGGGUCGCCAACUCCGAUGGUGGUGAAAAUGACAUCGACGGGUCAAGGCACCCAAGUCGACGGGUUUUUUC